GGAAAGUACUGCUGCUGCAUUGACUCUCUGUUUAAUAACAUGACCAACAAGAAAAUAAUUGCAGUGUUUGGAGCAACAGGAGCCCAGGGCGGCUCUGUGGCCAGGGCCAUGCUGGAAAGCAAAAAGUAUGUGGUGAGAGCGCUGACUCGAGACGUGACCCAACCAAAGGCGCAGGUGCUCCAGGACCUUGGGGCCGAGGUGGUUAAAGGGGACCUGAAUGACAAAGCAUCGGUGGAGGCUGCCUUGAAGGGAGCCUAUGGGGCCUUCCUGGUAACCAACACCUGGGAACAUUUCAGCAAAGAGAAAGAAGUGUGUCAGGGAAAAGUGGUGGCUGAUGUUGCCAAAAGCCAGGGUCUGAAGCACGUGGUGUACAGUGGCCUGGAGAACGUCAAGCGCCUGACAAACAGCAAGCUGGAGGUGCUACACUUUGACGGGAAGGGAGAGGUGGAGGAGUAUUUCUGGUCCAUUGGCAUUCCCAUGACCAGCAUCCGAGUGGCAGCUUACUUUGAAAACUUUCUUGGCCCAUUCAAGCCGGUGAAGGCCUCUGAUGGAGAUUACUACACCCUGGCACUGCCUAUGGGGGAUGUACCAAUGGAUGGUAUCUCGGUUGCUGAUAUCGGAGCCAUCGUCUGCAGCAUCUUUAAUUCUCCAGAGGAGUUUGUAGGCAAGGCCGUGGGUCUCAGUGCAGAAGCGCUGACUGUGCCGCAGUAUGCUGAUAUUCUGUCCAAGGGUUUGGGGAAAGAAGUCCGAGAUGCAAAGAUCACCCCAGAGGCUUAUGAGAAGCUGAAAUUCCCUGCAGCAAAGGAAAUUGCCAACAUGUGUCGUUUCUAUCAAAUGAAGCCAGACCGUGACAUCAAGCUCACCCACCGACUGAAUCCCAAAGUCAAAAGCUUCAGCCAGUUCAUCUCAGAGAACCAGGCAGCCUUGAAGAACUUAUAAACUGUUCACACAGACCUCUGAGAACACGGUGUUAUUCCUCCCAGGUCCUGGUCUU